AUGCUUAGGGCAUCAUUUGACCUUCGUCUGUCCUUGCUUCUCGCAAAGACAAAUGAGCCAACCCCUCUCUCUCUCUCUCUCUCUCUCUCUCUCUCCUCUCUCCCUCCCUCUUUCACUCCCUCUCUAACCAAACUUUCCACUUCACAUAUACUCCUUUUCUUACCUCUUCUCUCUCUCUCUCUUUCCCUUUACCUACUUCUCUGUCUCUCCUUCUCUGUCUCUCCUUCUCUUUCCGUUUUUUUUAUUUUCUCCCUCUAUAACUUCCUUUUUCUCUUCGUUUUCCUCUCUCUUUCUCUCUCUCUUUCUCUCUUUCUUUCCCUCUCUAUCCCAACUUUCCACUUCACACAUACUCCUUUUUUAUUUCCCCCUCUCUCUCUUUCCCUUUACAUUUUGUCUAUCUCUCCUCCUCUUUCCGUUUUCUUAUUUCCCCUCUAUAGCCUCCUUUUUUCUCUUCCUUUUCCUCCCUUCCUUUUCAUCUCACUUUCACUCUCUCUCACCCUCCCUAUUUCCACUUCACACAUACUCCUUUUAUUUCCUCCUCCUCCUCUCUCUCUCUCUCUCUCUCUUUCGCUCUAUAUACUUCUCUAUCUCUCAUCCUCUCUCCGUUUUCUUAUUUCCCUUCUAUACCCUCCUUUUUUCUUUUCGUUUUCCUUUCUUCCUUUUCAUCUCUCUCUCUCUCUCUCGCUCUCUCUCUCGCUCGUUCUCUCUCUCUCGCUCUCUCUCUCUCUCUUUACCUACUUACCUACCUACCUACCUACCUACAUACUAGUCUAUCGCUUUUUUUAUCGUUUUCUUAUUUACCCGCCUCUAUACGCUCCUGUGCCGUUUUAA